AUGGGAGUCAAGCCUGUAUUCCUUACCAGUUAUCAUAGCAACAGUGACCAAAUUACUGAAACCAGACAUGAGAACACCAUCACUCAGGGGGUUUACCAGCCACAGCCUGCCACACAGGGGAUGCCAAGCUCAACUCUGUAUCCAAAUCUGGAGGAGCUGGGAGACUAUAUGGGCCUCAGUCUGAACAGCGAUGAGGUCCAGAGAAACCUUGCGCUGGUCCCGGUGACUGACAAUCAAGUGGCAGUGCCAAGUUGUGUGGGUGGCAUGGUGCGGCCUGUGACUGGUGCUGACAUGGGAAUCAGGAGGGCAGAGAUUCGCCCAGGUCUUCGGGAGGUCAUCAUCUGCAAAGACCAGGAAGGAAAGGUCGGACUCCGACUCCGAGAUAUCGAUAAUGGAGUGUUUGUCCAGCUGGUGCAGGCGAACUCUCCAGCAGCGUUGGGUGGCCUGCGUUUUGGAGAUCAGUUUCUGCAGAUCAAUGGGCAGAAUGUUGCUGGCUGGAGCUCAGAUAAGGCUCACAAAGCUCUGAAGGCAGCAGCUGAACAGCGCAUCGACCUUAUUGUCCGUGACAGGAUGUCAAGCGGCCUGCUGAAGUCAUCCAUGGAUCACUCUGUGCCUGAGGUCUGA